CUAGCCGGAACACUUUUAGAGACCGCGAACCUUACAAACUCUCGUUGUACCUCCAAAGAUCAAUACAUGGCUACAUUAUUAAUCAAUGGCGCCGGUCGUUUUGGCUGCAGUGGUCUUUACCAAAUACUGAGAUACUUAAUGUACGAUGUGUCUGAUCUCAAAGUAUCGGAUAUUUUGCGGAAGGACUUCAAAAAAUGGUCAAGAAUCGGGAAAAUGGACGGUGUCCGUUCGAGAUCAAUGGUUUCAUAAAUUGGAAUGAGUUCUAUUGGAAUUUCGGUUGAACAACUUCUUGCUCAUGAGAAUGCUUCAACUCAAGAAAUAAAACAUUUCCAGAAACUAGAAAAAGUUCGGUUACUCAUGAUCGUUUCGGGGUACUAUGAUCAACAGAAGAACUUCAAGAGAGAAAUUCUGGUUGCGGCUGAAUCGGUGGAGCUUAUGAGGAACUUACUCUCCUUCUUCAAUUCAAGUGCCUCACAACUGCCACUAAAAGUUCUGCAGCAACCAGGCCUUGGAGAGGAGAUGAAGGCAUUUGAGAUUGACAAAGCUACAUCAAGGAAGACUAUCGAACGACUCCUCGAAGAAUUCGGUGGCACAUCCAAACCCAAUGCUGGUUAGUGCUGGCUCCUGACAGAUAUUACCAAUCCUUUUUUUUUUUUUUUUUGUUUUUCUUUCACAUAGUCACAGAGGUAUUUGGUGGCUCAAUUUGCAAGAAGCAAAACCUAUAGUGAACAAAGAAAAUUGUGAUGAAAAAGAAAUAUGUGAGUGUAUAUUUGUAAUUCAUAAAGUUCCAA